AUGACAGGCCUCGGCAUCGACCAGUUCCCAGAUUGCAUCGCGCAUUGCUUCAGAGACGGGGCACUUAGGGGAGAGGUCGUGAACCACAUGGCCCAGCGCGAGUUCUGCCUCCCAGCGUCACAGUACCUCUCCACCUGGGUCGGGGGUAGUGUCGCUCGGUGUGCCGUUUAUGACUGCUGGAAGGAGGACGCCAACUACUAUUCUUACAACGAGCUUAUUGCGAAAUGGGCAGCUCAGGUCUGCAAGCCGCCUAUUUCUGAAGCCACUUCGGCUACGCUGUUUACGUUGCCGACUGAAGGAACGGAGGAUUCUCGAGGAGGCGCCUGGAAGGCAUGA